AAUAAGCAUAUGAACAUAUAUUAUAUAAUAUCAACUUGUUCAUUAUUGCAUUUAAACUUGAAAAUGACCAAUGUAGGCCGAAACUAGUUGUUGAAAUGUUUUCAUUAAAAAGUGUACUCCAUGUUUUUCUAUUGUGUUUAUUAAUUUCAGUUUUUGGUAUCAGAUUGAAACAAUUCAUGAAAACAAAAAACUUCACUAUUCACCUCUACAAAUAAAAAGUGGGUUACUCACCAUAUACUGUAAAACGAGAUUCAUCUCUUGAAAGUCAGGUCAAUCCUACCCUAUUCAUACCCUAAUCCUACAACUAUUCAGAGCAGCAAACCGACUAUAUCUUAUGAACCGUCUAUCAUCCUAGCUUCAGCCUCCUUUAAGGCUUUUUACAUGUCUUGAUGAUACCAGCAAGUGCUUCAGACUUGCAUUCUGUAUGAGCUAUUUUACUUUGAUAAAUUCAAUGUAAAUUAUCUUUUCAGGUCACAGUCAACUUCAAAUCAGGUAGAAAGAUUCAAGAAGUCCAAUCGCCUUAUGAUGAUUAGUUUGAUCAUGAGGUUCUCUACCUGGGGAUGAACAACUUGCCCGUGAGAGAGAGAGGCCAGUAACCAUUGCAGAGCGGAUGAUCAAGCUGGUGAAGAAAAUCCACCACAAGCCCAAUAGUGCUCUAAUUAACAUGUGCAUCAUUCUGCCAAGGAGUGAGAACAGUUUCAAAAUUGCCGGAAGUGAUGAAGAAAGAAUAGACUUCUGGAAUGGCAAAGCAACCUCGACGAAAGUCAUGUAUCGACAAUAUUGUGUAAAAGGCACCAAAAUAUAUCACAAAGGCCGCAAAGACAGUUCAUCGUGUGUGUUGUUUCUCAUUCUGCAAAGUCAAUCAUAUAGUUUGACACCAUACACAACGUUUUACCAUUACCAUAGUAUAAUAUACCACUCUCAUUGUAUAAUUUUGUACAUUACGAAACAUGUGUUCUGUCAUGAAUAAUAAUGUGUUUAUGUAAAUUAACAAUUUAUUGUUACUUUCGCAAUUUUUCAUAUGUUUUGAAAAAAAUUAAAAGGUAUUAUGUACUUCAA